GGCUCUCCAAAUGCAGCUUUCACAUGCGAGAGUCUAGAGAAGUGAAAUUAGGCAGUGAAAACACGAAAUGUGAGCGCGACCAACAGUCUUGGCGUUGCUUGCGCGCUGGCGCCGGCGCAUUCUUGCUAUGAUUCCCAAAUCACAACACCAACUUCCUCCUUCCUUCCUCAUCCUCCUCCACCCAUCUUUCUCUUCCUACCAACCACCAUCGUCGCCGACCUGGGCCGUCUGUUUCUCAAUCCCACUUCUAGAACUGUUGUCCCAGUUCGCACCCACCCUCGUUUGGCGUUACCCAUGUUCUUCUUUCUCGUUUUUAUCCAGCGCCGGCGUCCUUCCUUCACUUCCACAUCAAGCCACCUUGCUCAGGUUACGUCUGCAACCCUUUGUCAUCUUCUACCCUCGUUUGCGCCUCGUCUUCGCAGUUUUCCAUCUUUCUCCACCUUCAUUCGCCCUGUGUCGCUCCACUUCACCCCCGGUGAGCAGUAGGUCACGGCGCCGCGCACCCCUUUAUUUUUCGUUACUUCGUUCACCAGUGGAUGUUGCAGUCCAGGAAGCCGGGCACUCGCUCCUUAGCGGUGCACGACCUACGGUCGAUUUAUCCGAUUCCUCUCUCACUUCGAUGCACGAUAAGCUUGUUCAUUUCAGACCAGUCAAGCCGUCCAGAUCUUCUCGCGAAUCUGGAAGUCGAAGCACAGUGGGGAGAUUUGAAGACAAGACGCAACGUGAACUCUGAAGGAAAUGCUGUCAUGGCAAGGGCUCUGGAGGGGGGAACACCCGCGCAACGCCAUGGUAGUCUUGUCAAUUGUCCGUCUGUUCCUUUUCAUAAGGCGCAGGGCACCAUAUGUCGACCGGGGCGAUGAGUGAUGCUUGCAUUGCUUGUCGCUUCGAAAUUUGUGGGCCGGGUUAAGAGUUUGUGACUU